AUGUAUUCAGAAGGUUCCAAGUUCAAUCCCUGGUCUGGUCAUUGUCCAAUUUUAUCACCUUUCUCGUGCCGUUUGCGUCCUGCAACUGAAGAACUAGGAAUAGAAGGAGAUGGUGACAAUUUUGGCAUUGAAUGUCCAGAUAUCCCUGGUAGCACAUUUGAAACAUUGCAAACUGAUGUUCACCCCAGCACACCAACCUAUCCAUGGCCAUCUCAAGAGAAAAAGGCCGUUUUGUCCUGGGCCAAAGAGCUAUCAGCGCACAAUGUUCCAACACUCCAUGCAUUGAAGAAAUGCCAAGAAAGGAUUUGCAAACUUGUAGGAAACCCAACCAAAAAGAAGACUACAAAUACCAGUCAUGUAUUCUAUCAAAAUUCAGUCGCUCGAGCGAUUGCAAAUGACUAUUCAAACCUGAUUACAAGAUGUUCCAUGCAAGAUUACCCCGAAGAAGGUGAUGGUUCCAUGUCUCAGGUUCACCAUGGAACAAAGAUGUUACAUGAUCUCCCGUUCUCCCUUGUGGCACCUUUUAUUCUCAUAAAUGGCAAGAUAUAUUUUGUUGACGAACUUCUACAACAAAGCAAUGGUGCCUAUUUCAUUCCCAAGAAAAUAUUCCAGUCUCCAGAUCAGUUAGGUAUUGUGGAGACACUAGCUAUCGGGCACUCUGUCGUUCCAUCUGAGAAUCAUCCAGUUCGGACAGUCCCACUAAUAAUUUUCAUGGAUAAUGUGUCCAGCAAUGUAUCAAAGCAGUGGAACAAGCACCAUGUAGUGUACCUCUCUAACACCUUAAUGCCCCGGAAGAUGCUUGAGAAGGAGUUUUCUGUGUGGUUUGUUUCAUCCUCACCACAUGCUGCACCGAUGGAGUUAAUGAAAGGUGUCACUGAUUCUAUCCGUGAAGCAGCAGAUUUGGGUGUUAUUACCUGGGAUUGCAAGUAUGAGCAAGAAGUCAUGUUACUUCCUUACAUUCUAUUUGUUGCAGGAGACAACCCCAUGCACGCUGAGAAAAUGUGUAAAGUCGGCGGCACUCAAGCACAGAAAAAAACUAACGAGGGAUAUCAGAACAUAUUCAAAUGUGGGCCACCUCAAAACCCAGAAGAGACGCAAGAACAAAUCCACCGGCAAGUGGAUUGUUCCCUUGAGUCCGGUGGAAAUAAUAAAGUGAAAACUGCGGUGACAAACUCAGGGAUACGCAACAGCACUAGCGCCUCAAUCGUUCAACAAUUGCUUGCACUGGGCAAGCAAUUGCGGAUGCCAGCAGUUGAUAUUCAUCAAGACACUCCCACUGAGAUUUUGCACACCGUAUUACUGGGUGUUGUAAAGUAUUUCUGGGGGCAAACAGUAUGGCUCCUCAAGAAGUCACAUUUACUAACUAAAUUCCAGACUCGGCUCAAAUUUAUCAACAAGGAUGGCCUUAAUACGGUAAUGCCUUAUAUGAUUUAUGACCUAGUUUCGCAAGACGUCCUUGAUGCUUGGAGUGUCAUUGGUGAUUUGGUUGUACUUUUGUGGCACACAAAAAUUGACAAUACCAAGGAGUAUUUGAUUUGGCCCAGCUUUGCUGUUCUCAACAGAACGGUUUACAUCAAGUGUCACCGUACUGCUCCAGUCAAUCAACCAAGGAUGAUGAAGGCUUCAGCAUUCAUAACACAGAAUGGUGAUGAAGCAAAACUUGGUAGCUAUGUAGUCAUCUCUUCUGCAUCUAACAAAAACCACCCACGUAUUGGCCAAGUCAUAGAGAUUCUUGUGACUGAGGAGAAGCCACGAGUGGCCACUCAUAUUGUGAUUACUUAUUUAGAGUUCCUGCCAGCGCUACACCCCAAACUUCUCAUUCCUUGCUUGCAAAUUAUGGACGUACAGGAUGUGUUUACCCCAAAAAAUUUCCUUUGCACGGUUAAUGUUCUGCAUGACUGCUGUUCUGCAAACUGUAGUAAUGUCAAAAUGGUUCCUGUGCGGCAAGAAUACAGCAAAACCACCAAGGUCACCCAGGUUGUCACACACAAGCAGUUCAACCAAUAUCUAUGCACUUCAUAA